AAACGAAGCCUCACGAAUUCGAUUCCCAACGCCUACAAUGACAAAGAUGACUCGCUAGCCAGUUCUGACGGAAAAAAGCGGUGUCGAAAACUUUCGUCCGAACAAGUUAGCCCUACCAGUGACACCGAAGUGGUCAACGGAAGGAUCAGGGAUUAUUUGCGUGACAGCUUCUCUCCCACCGCCUCCUCUCUGCAGACAUCGCAACCCAAGUACUUCAAUUUACAGACGUCGAACCCCUUACCCAUGUCUCAGACGUUUGCUUCUUCUCCUCGUCCAACAGGAGGGACCGAAAAUCCAAACUACAAUCCCCAACAAGAAAAGCAGCAGCAGCACCAACAGUCACGUGGAGGUUUUCUAAACGCAAAGUUCUUCUCUGGUCUCAAACCACCCUUCAACUUUUCUGCCAGUCCAGAAGAGGAGACUGAACAGGAGGAGGCCGGAAUCGUUGGUCCGGAGCUUCUUGUGGCUGCCUACAAUUUUGCACUACAUAUAGAAGCUGGCCCAACUGAUGAGAUCCAAGGAUUUUUACAAGAAAAUCCCUCGGAAGCAAAAUCAGUCCUGGCUGCUGCUGUAACGGUAGCCAAGGCUGAGAUGUCACCGCCUAAUUACGUCUUGCGUGAGACCCCAAGGAAGAACACGACAAGGAGAGUGCAACAGCGGAAGUCUUUGGGUGUAAAAGGUACAACAUAUUUAGGGCAAAAAACGAGUAUAAGCUAG